CAAUGGCGGCCUUCAACGCUCACUUCACACUCUGCUCCUCGCUCAUCUGUUUCAAAAUAGUUGAAAACAAAAUCCCUUUCUGAUCCUGUCAACGUUAAUAGAGCAAAGAGUUAGGGUUAACAAAGGGUUUUAAUAAUGGAAGGCAAUAAUUUGGAGAAAACACUCCAAGAAGGGAACCUUUUCAGGCAACUCAAUUGCCUUAUCGUUGCUCAUCUUCGCCAUCACAAUCUCACCCAAGCUGCAAGAGCAGUGGCUUCAGCAACAAUGACGCCUUUAGACGUUGAAGCCCCUCCUAAUAAGCUUCUUGAGCUUGUUGCCAAGGGUAUUGCAGUGGAGAAAGAUGAGACAUUACGAGGGGUUCUUUCUUCUACAUUAUUUGAUUUAGGGACUGCUUUGGGUUAUGGCUUGAAUCCGGAUCCUCGGGUUUCUUCUGUUGAUUUCAGUGCUGUGCAAGAUACAAAAGGCUCAUCAAAGAGCUUUCCAAAGCACGAGACAAGGCAUCUUUCUGAACACAAGAAUAUUGCUAGGUGUGCAAGGUUUAGUCCUGAUGGGAAGUUUGUUGCUACUGGAAGUGCCGACACAUCAAUAAAACUUUUUGAAAUAUCGAAAAUAAAGCAAAUGAUGCUGCCAGAUUCAAAAGAAGGUCCUGUGCGACCUGUUAUAAGGACAUUUUACGACCAUGUGCAGCCCAUAAACGAUUUGGAUUUUCAUCCUCAGAGUACCGUGCUCAUAUCUGGGGCAAAAGAUAACACAAUAAAAUUCUUUGAUUUUUCCAAAGCUACUGCAAAGAGAGCCUUCAGAGUUAUCCAGGAUACUCACAACGUACGGUCUGUAUCUUUCCAUCCAUCUGGUGAUUUCCUUCUAGCAGGAACUGAUCAUUCAAUAGCACAUUUAUACGAUGUUAAUACCUUCCAAUGUUAUCUAUCUGCAAAUACCCCUGAGAUUGGUGUUAAUGGAGCCAUAAACCAGGUAAGAUAUUCUUCUACUGGCGGCAUGUAUGUUACUGCUUCUAAAGAUGGUGCUAUUCGGUUGUGGGAUGGAGUAAGUGCCAGUUGUGUGCGAGCCAUUGCUGAUGCUCAUGGAACAGCAGAGGCCACUAGUGCAUGUUUUACAAAGGAUCAAAGGUUUGUUCUUUCCUGCGGAAAGGAUUCAGCAGUGAAGCUUUGGGAGAUUGGCACUGGAAGAUUGGUAAAGCAAUAUCUUGGAGCUACUCGCAUGCAAUUCCGGUGCCAGGCUGUUUUUAAUGAUACUGAAGAGUUUGUGCUAUCCAUAGAUGAACCUAGCAAUGAGAUUGUUAUUUGGGAUGCUUUAACGGCUGACAAAGUGGCAAAGUGGCCUUCCAACCAUAUCGGUGCGCCUCGUUGGAUCGAGCACUCACCAACUGAGGCCGCCUUCAUUUCCUGUGGGACCGACAGAUCUGUCCGGUUCUGGAAGGAAAAUCUCUGAGCACACGGAAUAAUCUUGGAACUUAAUUGACCCGACUUGGUAAAAGCUAUGUGAAUUAUGAGCGCCUCUGGUUCCGCGUCUGGCUUGAAACUCAUCUGCAGAUUUGGAGUUUAUAUCGAGGCACAUCGUUGGAGUGACUGUACAAAUCGUGAAUCAUUGCCGAGCCCCCGUAUUUCUGUAGUCUUUUCUUCACCUAAUGGAGAGAAACACACGCACAAAAAUUGCACUUUGUUUAAUUUCCAUUUGGUUGAAGUUAUUAAUGUUUGAUUAGUCUUUUAGUUAUUUUGGUUUGUGUAGAAGGAAAUAAGUGAAAUGAAAUGUAACAUAUUUACAGUUUGAUUAAUUUCAUAUGCUUAAGAUUAGGGUUUCGUGGA